ACGCUGCUAUUCAGUGUACGUGGAUUUAUAUAUCACGGUCCAAACACAAUACAGUCCACAGAAGUUUCAUCUAAAGCGACCCAGGCAGUCGUUAGAAAGGUCUCACCAGCGACUCACUUAGAUGUGUCUGCUCCGCAUCCAGAGCUGAUAAACUUGAGUCCACCCAAUCUCCUGCCUUUUGCCUGUGUCCGGUCGGUCGAUUGUAAUAUACUAUUGAUAUUAUGGCCCAUUCCCGCUGCCCCAGCGACGGCCUAUUGGCACGUGUGAACUUCCCACUAUACGCCGUGGACAUGCUUACCAGCCGCCACAUACUAGUGGCCGGAGGCGGUGGUUCCAGCAAGACGGGAGUGGCGAAUGGCUUUGAGAUCUACGAACUGUACCACAACGGGACCCACUUUUGCGCGGAGGAGGUGCUACGCCACGAGACGGGCUCAAACGUAGUUAUGAACUUCGCACUGCGCAUCGGUGGCAGGAGGGGCUACUUGUGCGCCGGCCAGGAGGCGCACUGUCAAAUGUACUAUAUCCAGCCGCGCGUUUUGUCUGAGGAUAAGGGGCAUGGAAACGGAGUCAGCGACGAAAAGCCCGCCCCGGCAGACUGGUCCCACGGAAGAGGCAAUUUGCGACAGCGAAACGCCCAUUCUGGAGUGGAGUCAGUAACCAACGGGAAUAAGCACCCCCUCUCAACCGCAGACAUAUUGCGGCAGUCCCAGCAGUUGCUCUUCGACAUACAAGCGGCGGAUGUGGUGCAGACUGACUUCCUUAAGGGCGCCGAGCCUCUGCAGCGAGUGGUGCGCAUUAGUGGUAACGGUCAGCUAAUGGCCACUGGCGGCACCGACGGACACCUGCGGGUAUGGACUUUCCCCCAGAUGACCUUAGCCGCCAAGUUGGCAGCGCACAGCAAGGAGAUCGACGACCUGGACUUUAGCCCCGACAGCAAGGUCAUAAUCAGCAUCUCCAAGGAUGCCCAGGGCGUAGUGUGGGAACUGGCCAGCGGCCAUAUUCAACACAAGCUUCAGUGGAAAACGCCCGAAGGGGCCAAGUACCUGUUCAAGCGGUGCCGCUAUGGGACUGUGGAAGCGCAGAAGAACAACUAUCGCCUCUUUACCAUUGCAAAUCCACUGGGUAAGGUGGGAAAGCAGCGUGGAUUCCUGCAGCACUGGGACUGUGCAAGCGGGCAACUUCGUCAGGCGGUUGCCAUCGAAGAAAGCCUGUCAUCCCUGGCGGUGCGGGACGACGGUCGGUUCGUGGCUGUCGGCACGAUGUUCUCAGGAAGCGUUUCCAUGUACAUAGCAUUUAGUUUGCAGCGCGUGCUCCAUAUUCCCAAUGCACACUCUAUGUUCGUAACGGGUAUUCAGUUUCUGCCUAUAACAAACGAGGCGGGGCCGCCAAUCUCCAGCGACACAGAGGCAGCCGUUCUUUCCAUUUCCGUGGACAACAAAGUCUGCAUACACAGUCUGCCCCAAAGGCGUAUAAUCCCCGCCUGGAUGGCUAUUGCCUUUUUGAUCGUCAUGAUUUUUGCCGCUUUUGUGCUAUGCUCCUUUAUUGGCAUCUGAUGUUUAAUGGUCCAAAGAGAGUUAAUCAACAUGCAUUAUUAGUUUGUAAUCAAGGUUUAGUUUAACAAGCUUCACGUCCCUUCGUCCCUCCGGCAUCAUUUUAUUUACUUAAUUUACAAAUGUAACAAAACGAUACCGGAUGCCACCGCAACUGCAGAUUUAACUUUAUGGUUUUUAAAAAAUAGCUAUGAUAAUUCUUAUCAAUAUUUCAAUCAUCGAUACAGGCCACCAGCAACGCAUAUAUCAGGAAAAGGUAGCGUCCUAUUUUUUUGCUCCUUUUUUACUAAUCAUAAUACAUGAGCCGUUUCUGGAUUAACCCUAGUUUUUCUUAGGACCCCCCACAAUUACAGGUUAUAAUGCAAUCCAUGCACUGCGGUGACUAUUUGAAAAACGUUUGUGAAACUUACUCUUCAUUGAUUUUCUGAUGUCUGGUCCAAAUGUCAAACAGUUUUUUUAAGUGCAAUACUGUUUGCGAUUUCAUUAUAUUUUAAAGACUAUACGGACGCAUAUAAAACAAAAUGUACAUAUAUAUUUUCGGAUCCUUUUCUAAAAUCACAUUGCCUUAUAAAAACCACUCCUAGCUAAAAACUGUAAAUUGCGUCUCAUUUAUUUUUAAAGAAAAAUAGUUGGUUUGUUCGCAGUUUCAAUACUAUAUAAAAUUGUAUAUUUUAGUAUAGAUAGAUAGAUAGUAUAGAUAUAGACGACAAAAUACAGUAAUUUUUCGUUAAUUUUUUGAUUUAAAAAGCCAUAGGUGCUCUUCCUUGAAAUGGUGUUUUGGCUUUAUAGUUUCUACAUAAUCGAUAAAGACAAGUUUAAAAAUUCAAUUCAAUAUACUUACCAUAAGAAAGGUCCCUAAAAACGACAAGAAGCGCCUGGAGCAAAAAAAAAAAAUCUUAAAAAAAGAACAAACCCGAAAAUAAUUUGAAGACGCUUGCUAAAUGUAAAAUGGGUACAAUGGGCGACACCAAACUGCCCCAAAAUUAAAUUUUUUUUUCCUUAAGGCAUAACCGCAAAAACAAGAAUAAUUUUUUUUAUUUAAGCCUCUUUUAACAAGUCUUAAUUUGUCCCUAUUCAUCUUUGUCUCACUCCUUAGCAUAUAGAAAUAGCCAAGCCGUAAGGUGUGGCACAUACUAGCAAAAUACCAUAAGUAGUAUUAGAAGGGGAUUUCUUUGUUUAACCAUCUUGCGAUACUGGUAUUGGUUUCUUUUUAUUUAAAUAAAUUUAUUUAACGGAAAAUUAAAAAGGGGAUUUAUUUAACAAAGAAAGGGAACGAAUUAAUCUAAGCUAGAUGGAAAAUUAAUGAAAAUAAGAAUACUGAAAGAAGAUAUCCGUGCGUGUG